CUUGAAGUAAAAGAACAACUAUGGAGAAACGCAUGCGAGAUUGAAAAAAGAACCUCGUUUACAAGUUUCCAUUCCGGUGCUCCAUAUAAAAGGCUCUGCAUUUUUCGAGGCGUUCUGUUGCUGUUACCGCCUUGACCUCCGUCCUAUCUCAGAAUCGACUCUCUUUCUUUUCCUUCAUACAUCCUCAGAUCAUCCUUCUGGGCUACACAGCAUUUCAUUUCUAGGGGUCACCGACCUCCUCAGUGGAUACAACUCUUCCUUUCCACACACACACAUAAAAAAAAAUGCUUAUUCGUGUUUCAGCAGUUAUUCUCUCAUUGAUAGCUGCCACCUCGGUCUGCGCUGCCCCUACUCCAGCUCACCUCGAGAAGCAGGAUACCAUUUUGAACCAUCUGAAAGACGUGAUCACCGAGGCGCUCAGGGAUCUUGGAUGCGACGCCUGUGUCGCUGCACUAGUUGCCGCCAAAGACGCUGCCCACCAGAACAAAGAUUGGGUCCUCAAAGCUGCCAAUGGGUUAUGCAGAGAACUCAAGUUGAUGGACGCGGAUGUGUGCCAGGGAUUGGUCUACAGUCAAGGUUCAGUGUUCAUCGACGCUAUUCUGCGAGCGAAAUUGUUGUCCGGCGAUGGCAAGAUGAUUUGCUACCAGAUCUUGGGUGCUUGCCCUGCGCCUGCUAUCACGUCCGGAGCCGUGAAAUUCCCCAAGCCUAAGCCUGUCAACGCCAACAUUCCUGCUCCCAGCGGGAGGCGAAUCGAUGUCCUGCAUUUGUCCGAUUGGCACGUUGAUGACCAGUAUACGCCUGGUUCUGAAGGCGCCUGCAACAAGCCCUUGUGCUGCCGCAAGUAUGCAGACUCACCUGUCACCCCAACUCUUGCUGCUUCUACCUGGGGUGAGUACAACUGCGACUCUCCAGUCAAGCUUGGAGAAGACCUAUUAGAGUUCGUGCCCUCGGUCGCCAAGCCCAAAUUCGCCAUCAUGACCGGUGAUGUCCCUCCACACGAUGUCUGGCUGGGAAACAAAAGCUCAGUGCUCCCACAAGAGGAGAAAGCGUACGAUGUCAUGGCCUCUGGAUUUUCGGGUAAGAUCUAUCCUACUGUUGGCAACCACGAAGCUGGACCUACGAAUCUGUUCCCCACGCCUAGAACUGGCGGCGACAAUUCAUGGCUCUACGCCAGCUUGGCCGACAACUGGUCCCGUUGGUUGCCCUCAGAUGCUGUCGACUCGGUCAAGGACUAUGGCGCCUAUGCCGCCAGUCCUCGAAAGGGCCUCCGCAUCAUCUCGCUCAACACCAACUUUUGCUACAAAUUGAACUUUUAUCUCUACGGUAACACCAGGGAUUACGAUCCCUUUGGCGAACUCAAGUGGCUCAUUAACCAACUCCAGGCCGCUGAAGACACAGGCGAGCGCGCUUGGAUCAUUGGCCACGUCGGUCCCUCCCAGAUAGAUUGCCUCCAGAACUGGUCUGCACAGUACUACCAGGUCAUCCAACGCUACUCUCCACAUGUCAUUGCUGAGCAGUUCUUUGGGCAUGCCCAUUACGAUGAGUUUUCGGUCUAUUACCAGUCUGGCAUCAAGGACGCCCAGAACGCUAUCUCGACUGCUUGGACUGGACCCUCUGUUACUCCUUACACGAAUAUAAAUCCUGGUUUUCGCGUCUAUAAGGUCGACACCGGCAACUGGAACGUUUAUGAUUCCCUGACCUACAUUGCCGAUCUCUCGCAAGCCGCUACCUGGGAUGCCACGGGUGUAACGCCUAACUGGCACCUGGAAUACUCGGCACGUCAGGUCUACGGUACCUACGUGCCCAUCGCCGCUGAUGCACCCUUGAGCGCCUCAUGGUGGCAUAAUGUCACGACAGUGUUCCAGAGCAACAAUACUGCCUUCCAGCAGUACUGGACCUACCGCGGCAAGUCUGCUAACCGAAUGGCUGCAUGCGUGCCCGGAUCCGGGUGCCCAGAGGAGAUGAUCUGUAAACUGCGUGCGGGCAAUAGUUCGGACGAAUGCAGUACGGCUUCGUUCGGAAUCAAACACGAUGAUCAUGAAGGCGAGACCAUGGAUUGGAAGGCGACAGAUUCUACGGAACUACACAGUCUUUACAGACGCACUGCCCCCAAACCUUGGAACAAGAGCCUGUGUGGACUGACAUCUCACAUAUAGUAGCGAGUUGACUUUCAUAGAAAAAAGGGAACUUCUCUCGCCUUAUAUUUGAUUAUCUAUAAUAACAAUGAAAUGCGCUAUUCAUAUAUCAAUCAAUCGCGAUGCCGAAAGGUCGCGUGGGUGGU